UCAGGAGAAAAAGGGUAAAAUUGGCGUGGGGUACGUGGGUAUUACCCCGCCAAACGCGUAGGGAAGCCACGGUAAAUAAACAUUUUCAAAGUGGAUUUACUACCCCAAGACAUCAUUUGCACCCCCAUAAACUGUUAGGGAUAUUAGGAUACUGCCGGAUAUCUCCUAGUUCCUUUGGCAGAUGUCGUUUACACUUUGUUUAUUGACAUGUAGUUCUGCCGUCUGCUGCAAAAAUGUUCGGCAGAUCAUUGUGCAGAGCAAUACAGGGUCAUUUUCUUAACCAGUCGAAACUCAAGUUGUCUCAAAAACGAUGGAAUCACGUAAUUAAAGCCCAAGAUGCACGCGAAAUCCAAGUGCCUCUCCCACAUGGAAAUAUAGCAGGGAAAGAAUGGGGAAAUCCAGGAGGAUACCCUAUUGUUUGUCUUCAUGGAUUUGCAGAUAAUUGUGAUUCCUUUGCACCCCUUGCUCCUUAUCUCUCAGAAAGAUUUCAUUACAUAGCACUAGAUGCUUUUGGCCAUGGAAAAACCUCUCAUGUUCCACAAGGGUCCCCAAUGAAUUAUUGGGAACUUCCUUGCUAUGUCAAACGUGUGGUUGACUAUUUAAGAAUAGAAAAAAUGUCGAUACUUGGUCACAGCAUGGGAGGCUCUACAGGAUUGCUUCUUGCCUCAAUCUAUCCGGAUUUGGUUGACCGUCUGCUUCUAUUGGAUAUCAUCAAGCCUGUUACUGUCCCUCUUCAGUGGCAGACACAGAGCAUCCGUGAAGCCAUAGAUCUUCACCUUGAUAUGGAAAGGAAAUCUGUAGAUCCUAAAUACCAAAAGAGCUUUACCAUGAUACAGUUGGUUAACCGCUAUGUGGAAGCUAUGGGUGGCACAAUAAGUCCAGAAGCUGUCCGUAUUUUGAUGAAGAGAGGUUCAAAAGAGUCUGGGAAUGGAUUUACCUAUUCCCAUGAUCCCAGAAUGAUGUUGCCGUCCAUAAUGCGUUUCGGCGUAGGAGAGCAACGUGAAGUAAUCAAAGGUCUGAAAUGCCAUCUCAAAAUUGUAAAAGCUAAACAGGGGCCGCUUUACGAACCGGUGGAAUGGCUCGACGAAUUCAAAGCCAUUUAUCGACGACAGUGCGCUUCCUACGAGUAUGACGAAUCACUUGACGGUACCCACCACUUCCACAUGCAUAAUCCAGAAAUGGUGGCUCCUAUUAUCAACGAAUAUUUUUCCCGUUUGUAAAGCGGCGCAAUGAGGGUUCAGAAAUCUUACUUUCAUGCAAAUCUCAAUACAAAACGUAGAGAUGUAGAUAAAAAAUACAUUAUAAUUUCAUUGACA